UUGCAACAGAAGCUUCUGAGUUAGCCUACUGUACCAAUCUGAGUAAACUUUGGCCCAGCUUCAUCGGACUUUUUCAAUUACAAUGAAGUGUCUGGUCUUUUCGGGGUUAACCCUUCUACUAGUGGUGCAAGUGCAGGGAAGUGGCGGAGGAUGGGGACCUUGGGAGGAUGAUGAAUAUAUCGUCAAAAAAAUUAAGAAACCAGUUCCUAUCCCUCACCCCGUCCCAGUACCCCAUAUCAUUCCAGUUCCCAAGCACUAUCCAGUCUACAAGCAUGUGCCUGUACAUGUUCCCGUCCGUAUCCCUCAAAUCAUCCACAAGGUGCAACACAUUCCCAAGAUCGUCCACAUUCCCAAAGAGGUCAUAAUCAAAAAGCCUGUGCCUGUUCCACAUCCAGUCCAUCAUCCAGUGAUUGUUAAAGUGCCACAACCUUAUGUGGUAAAAGUACCAAAGCCCUACCCUGUCCACAAGCCCUACCCUGUCAAGGUUCCAGUCAAGGUGCCUAAGCCCUUCGUCGUGCCCCUGCAUAAGGAGGUACCCGUCCACGUGCCUGUUAGGGUACCAUUUGAAGUGCCCCUGGUGAAGGAGGUACCUCAUUACAUCAAAAAACCCGUACCUGUCUAUGAGGAAAGUCAUGGCUGGAAUUAAAUAAAGAUCAACAUUGAGGAAGGAUCCAUACAGCGUCAAGUUGUUAGAGCCUCUGUUUCCUACCACACAACAUGCUAAUGUGUAAAAAGCUCCAUGUUUCUAUCUCUCAGCAGCAGUCCUCCUUUAUUACUGUUACUCUGCUGCUGCUUCUACCUGUCUGUUGAAAACCAAAGUCAACGCGCAGGCGUGUACAACAGUACGCUUCUUUGCUAGAUAUCUUUCACUUUUGUAAGACAUUGUAAAUAUUCAUGUUUGACAUGUUUCUUGGAUGUAAUAAAGACCUGAACUUGAACAAACAGAACCUUUGUUUUUAGUUUAACCAUAUAUUGAUGCUUGUAUAAUCUUUGCUGUUGGGCGAAAGGCUUUAGCGGUACUGGAUAUGGCAGAUGUAAUGUGCUUGACAUGAUUAAACAUAAUCUCAUUUGCUUUCACUCACGGUUCCUUAAAUUAACUUGCUUACAAUUUCUUAACCUACAUAUGGUAACAAUGCAUAACAAUGGGUACAUGUUAUGGUAACUAUAAUAUAAUAGACUAUAUAUAGACACCACUAACAAAUUAACCUCCUCUCUAAUACCGUACAGCACGCUAUUAACAAGUGUCACAAUAGUGAAUUGUAUACUGUUCAUAACAUUUUCAUUGUAAUAAGGAACACGAUGCUAACAAUAUUUCCAUUAUAAUACCACUUAAUAUCACUUAGAAAUUAUAAUUUUAUACAAUUUGUUAGUAGAGUGUUAUUUGAACUAAAUGUACUGAAUACUUGUAACAAAAUAUAUCAAGUACUACUAUAUCACAUACUACAGAUGUCAACAAUAAUAUGGUUUCAUUAUACUUGUACUAUACCUGAACAUAUAUAUACACAGUACUAUAUAGUAUGCUUUUAAUAGGGUAUGUGAGCUAUAUUAAACUUACUGUACAAAUUGUUAAUAUUACUAACAUAUUUUAAACAAAAUGUUUCAUUAAAGAAAGUCAUAGUUACGGAUCUGUUAUUUUUUAUGUCACUUGAAUUAUUGACAAAAUAGGCUUAGCUGUUUAGAUAUCGCUGCAUAACGAAAGCAUUCUAAAUUGUUUUAUGCUAAAGAUUCAGAUUGAUCUAAAUUGUACGCUGAAGUAUAAUCCUCAUAUGGCCUAACGUAUUGUAUGCUACAACUCUAGGACGGUGUACUUUACACUACAAUAGCUUAAAUUGUUGCAAGUUACUGUGUAUUUGUAGAUUGAUCUAAGCUGCUUCACUCUACAGUGGCGUAAAUUGUUGCACGUUGCAGAGUACUGGUAGUGUGAAUUAAACUGUUGUGUGCUACAUUGACUUCAAUUGUUGUAUGCUACAAUGUAUUCGUAGGGUGGCCUAAACUGAUGUAUACCAAGUUCUCUUACAUUGUUGUACGUUACAGUAUAUUAGUAAUGUGACCUAAACUAUUGUAAGCUACAAUGGCUAAAUUGUCGUAUGUGACUUGUUGCAUGUUACAGUAGCUUAAAUUGUUAUCGUGAAUUAGAGAUGUACCCUAAACUACUUACAUUGAUUCAAAUUCCUGUAUGUUAUAGCGUAUUAGCAAUUUGACCUAAAAUGUUGUAUGCUUCCAAAUAGUAUAAAUGAAAUUGUCGUUUGUUAUUUUCAAUGAUAGAGUUGCA